GGGGGCGGCCCGGGCCGCCGCGCCACCAGCUGGCACCACCACCUGGUGCCCCGGAGCCUGGUGCUCUUCUCGGUCGGGGUGGUCCUGGCCCUGGUGCUGAACCUGCUGCAGGUGCAGCGGAACGUCACCCUGUUCCCCGAGGAGGUCAUCGCCACCGUCUUCUCCUCGGCCUGGUGGGUGCCCCCCUGCUGCGGGACGGCCGCUGCGGUGGUCGGCCUGCUGUACCCCUGCAUUGACAGCCGCCUGGGCGAGCCCCACAAGUUCAAGCGGGAGUGGGCCAGCGUGAUGCGCUGCGUGGCUGUCUUCGUGGGCAUCAACCACGCCAGUGCCAAACUGGACUUUGCCAACAAUGUUCAGCUCUCCUUGACCCUAGCCGCCCUGUCCCUGGGCCUCUGGUGGACGUUUGAUCGCUCGCGGAGUGGCCUCGGGCUGGGCAUCACCGUCGCCUUCCUGGCCACGCUCAUCACGCAGCUGCUGGUGUACAACGGCGUCUACCAGUACGCGUCCCCGGACUUCCUGUACAUCCGCUCCUGGCUCCCCUGCAUCUUCUUCUCGGGCGGCGUGACGGUGGGGAACAUCGGGCGGCAGCUGGCCAUGGUAGGUGUGGCCGGUCGGCCUCGGGCCCCAGCUGGCCUGUCCUGCCCGCCCCAGGGGGGCCGGGGUGUCCGCCGGGAGCACCUCUUCCGGGGCGCGGUGGCCCGGUCUGGGCCGCAGAGGCCGUCACGCUGGCAGCCACGCCGUGUUGCCCGGGGCCGCCGGCGCGGCUCCAGGAAAGGCGGCGACGCCGGGGGCCCCCUGGACGGGGCGCUCAAGGCCCGCGGCGUGGGCGGCGGCGACCUCUCGGUGAGCUCGGACUCGGACAGCUCGCAGGCCAGCGCCAACCUGGGCGCGCAGCCCAUGCUCUGGCCGGCCUGGGUGUACUGCACGCGCUACUCCGACCGGCCUUCUUCAGGUGAGCGGCGCUCGCUGCCCACCCUGGGCUCCGCGGGGGACGGGGACGGCCUGCAGUCCCCGGGCGGAAAGGCCCUUCUCCCAGGGAUCUCCUGGGCUGCGGGGAAGGAAGCCGGUGGCAGAGAGCUCAGGAGGGAGCCCGGCGGAGCCCGCGUCUUCGUCUUCGGUGGAUGA